CCAGCUGCUCGAACCCUUACUUUUUAUACUAUGUGACUUAGUAUUCUUUAAUUUUCGUUUUUUUUUUAUACGUUUUUAUUCGUAAAAGAUUUUUUUACUUUUUUAAGUUAUUAGAGUAGAGCUUUUUUUAAAAAAAGUCGAUAUGGCGCGAAACGCGGAGAUGCUAUUGGCGCUCUGCUGCUUCCUGGGACUGACAGUCGCGGAGGAGAUGACGCUGAACGUAAACGUGAAGAAACCGCUGGUCGUCGUGAGCGAUAAAUUCUUGAGCGUCACUCUGGACCCCGUCGUUUUGUUCAACAGCGAAAUGUUGAGCGACACGGAGAAAAGCACGAGCAUGGCGAAAGCUCUGGCCCCGGCGUACGUGCGCAUAGCCGGUCCACGGAGCAACUCGUACGUCUUCGAGCGCGGGCUGUAUCCACAGGAGGCACACCCGGAUCCCGGUUACACGUUCUCAGAGACGCACUGGAUCAACGUGCACCAGUGGGCCGAGAGAUCGGGCCUGGAUGUGAUCGCCAGCAUAGCACCCCAACAAUGGGACAGCGUGACCGCAAGCUCGAAAGCCGCCGCUUGGGAUCCGAGGAACGCCCUCGACCUCAUUUCUUUCAGCGACCAUCUGGGAUACAACACGAGCUGGCAGCUCGGAUACGAAUGUCAGACGCGCUGCGACAUCAGCGGGACGGAACUGGGACGCGACGUGCAACGUCUCAGAAGCAUGUUGGACGCGUUUCCGAGAUUCGCUGAAAGAGGACUCGUCGCUGGACCAGAUGUCGUCACCUACAAGACUCGUCAGCAGCAGCAGUACCUUCAGGACUACUUCGCUGUGGCCAGUUCGUCGCUCAGCGCUGUCACCUGGCAUCCGGACUUUACGGGGAUCACACUGGAGGUGGACGGCGUCUCGAUGCACCACGACGAUCUCGCGCUCGAGAAGGACAGCCUUUACAGAGUGGCCGGACGGCACAUUUUGAAGAAGCCGUUGUGGAUCGCGGAAUCGAGGCCGGAAGAGUGUAAGCGCCAGUUUCUGGGUGCGCUCGUGUGGGCGAGGCGUCUCGGAAAUUCGGCGAAACUCGGCGUCCAGGUGCUGAUGAGACAGCCCGAGGGUUCGAACCUCUUCAAAGCGACUCCGGACUACUGGGUGUCGGUACUGCACAAGAUGCUGGUCGGUCGGGAGGUCCUCGACACGAGGAUCGCCGCGGGCAAUCGCACCCACGUGCACUUCUACAGCCACUGCACCAAAGCCUCGUCCAGAUACGAGCGCGGCUCGCUCACCGUUUUCGGCAUCAAUCUCACUCCGUCUAAAGUCAUCGCCAGUCUCAAGGGCCUCAAGCCCAAGGUGGUGCACAAGUACGUGCUCCUGCCGGGAUACGACGCGCCGAACCGCAUGUUUUCCGAGUCCGUGCUGCUAAACAAUGACAUCCUGGAGCUCGUGGAUGGUAAACAAGUGCCAGACAUACAGCCUGCGGUUUACAGUGCGGAGAAAGGAGUUAGGUUGAAGCUUCCAUCCGGCGGCAUUGGCUUUUGGGUUCUACCUGGUCUCAAGAUAAAAUCGUGUAUGGGACACGAGGACGAAAUUGUGGACAAAGCCAUUCUGAAGAAACUCAGCAAGCGCGUGGAGGAGCCCGAAAUCGAAGAACUUGAGCCAGAAGAGGACAGCGAUGAACCUGAAACAGUGGAUUCCACGGAUUCCGUCGAGGAAAAGAGGCCCACGUCGCUCAGAUCGCAACAUGUUCAGCAUUCGAACUUGAAACGGCCUCCAGUUCGCCGCAACGUACGUCACGAGAAGGAUGAGUUUGAUGACAAGAAAGUUCACAGAGUCGACAGCGCCAAGCACAACUACGAGAAAAUCGAGAAGAUCAUGAAGAAGAACCAUCAGACUGUGAAUCUCAAAAGUGGAGGUACCCGUGGCGUCUUCGAAAACAGCGACGAGGAUGACGACGCCAGUUCCGAAGAAACCGUCAUCAAAAAACCAAGGGGUCGUAGAAUGGACUCCGGCGAGGUGAUACGCGCCAAACUCCAGGAGUACAAGAAACGCUUAGCUGACUACGAGAACAGAAAGAAGCACCGCGAACUCAAGAAUCACUCCAAAACCAAAGCCGAGGAUCCUUCAUCGAAAAAGAAGGGUAUGGAGACGGAAAAGGUGAUCGAAGCUCUGACUCUGAUCACCAAAGUCGAGGGUGCCGUGAAGGGUCUGGAGAAAGCUACCGAGCCCGAGAACAGGAUACGUUCCAAGAAUCCAGCGACACUCGGGGCUGGCAACUUCAACGACGUCACCGCCGGUCUGAAACGAAGCUCCGGUGCUCCAGACACAGGCAACGACGGUUUGCUCGACGAGGUUCUCAACACUGAAAAGUCCAAGAGGACCAGCAUACCUGCCAAGAUAGAAGACCAGCUGAGGGCGCUGUAUCGCCUGCUGUCCGAUGAGAAAGAGAAGAGAGAAGGUCAAUCGCCACAGCGUCACAGGCGUGACCUAGACAAACGUCUAGGCGACGACCCACUGGGUCUUCGUCGCGACAGCAUCUUCCUGCGCAAAAGGAACAAGGACGAGUUGAGGGAACGACUGGUAGAACGUAUGAACGAACGCAAGCAGCGAUUGCGCGAGAAGCAAGAGCAGAUACGUCGCGACAAGGAAGAACGUCGUGAGACUAACCAGAGUAACGAGAACAACUUCUACGGUUUCCAAGAACGCGAGCCGUUGCAGAACUUCCCUGAAGGCGAUAUGUACUUCGAAACUGAAGGAGAAUCUGCUGAAAAGGCUGGUGAAGAGGUUGUUGCCCAGGAGGCAGCUGCGAAGAAAGGUGAGAAAAAGAAGCGUCCACUGGAAAAGAAGAAGGCUGCGAAGAAGGUACAGCCGAUCAAGGAUGAGCAUGAAGAUGUAUGGGUCGAGGAGGGCGAGGGACAUCAGAUGCCCAACGAGUUUUACGAGAACGUGAACUUGCAAGGGUUUAGUCAACCGAGAGGAAGCUUGAAGGAAUACGGAGAACUGGGAGAAGCCGAGUCCGUGCAUAAGAACGAAGAGACCGAUAAACGCCCUGAUCAGUCUACUGAGCACGCAAACUACCAAGUGGUGACCGAGAAACCAAUGCUGGAAUCUGAAGACCGUAUAGCCAAGGAGAAAGCCGUGCAACAGCUGAUGAACUACUACGAAACGGCCGUCCCUCACGAGCAGAACUACGACUUCGCCGAUCUGAGACAGAACCAUGAAGAUGUUCAACAGCAGAUGCAGCAACAAAUGGCUUAUCAGCAGCAAGUGCCUCCAGUCUAUCAGCAAGAUCCACAUUACGUAGACCCACGUACGUAUUACGAUCCAACCGCUUACCUGCAACAGACCGCUCAGUACCACAGAGUCAAGAGGAACGCUAACGACAUAGAGGCUGUGCUGCACCGAGAGAUGGUGACUCAGGACGACAACAAUCUGAGGGACUGUCAGUGUCGCGUGAUCCGAGGUGUCGAGGAAUGCAAGGACUGCAUCAUGCGAGGGGAGAAGAGAUAUCGAGCUCCACUGGUGCCACCAGGUCACGAGGCACCUAAUCCGUUGACCAGUAACUACGCCAGAGGAUUCAGGUAUCGAAGAGACGUUGGCAGUGAGGUUAAGAACAACGAUGAGACGGGUGUCGAUGUGGAUGAAGAUAAAGAUUCUGAACAAGUAGAGGAAGGUGAAGCGGCAGAGGAGUCUAGUGUACAGAGCGAAGAGGUGGACGAAAUAACAGUUAGCGCACAAGAUUCCAACGAAUCGACUGAAGAGCCUGAAGAAGCCGUAACAGAGGCUGUGGAAACUCAGCUGAAGUUGGAGGACGACAGCGAGAAACUGGCUGCCAACCGUCUGCCUAGAAAAAUCGAGUCCACGAGCAAGUUUUUUCUUAGACAGGCCGCCAGUAAAAAGUCGAUCAAAGAGAACCUUAAAGCCAUUAGGAAGCAGGGUAAUACCAUUGUUGCCGAGGCCCCAAGCGCUUCCAUCGCUUCUACCGCGGCCACCACUUCCAACGCUCCCGCCACCACCAGCGCUUCCACCACAACUACUGCUUCGUUUGCUGGAGACGAACGCCAAAUUGUUGGCGAACACGUUACGGGUAUACGGUCAGCUGACGUCACAGUUGCUCAAGCUCCAAGCACAGCAACGGAUAAGACUGCUGCCGAGUUACCCAAAGCUCUCGUUGCCGAAACCCAGACGUUUCGGGCCGAAAGUACCACCGUUAAAAUUGCGACCACCAGCAGCCCCGCCACUGAAGUCAUUGUUGAGACGAGUUCGACAGUCGAUGCAGACGCUGAAGGAGAGAUUGUUGACGUCGCAAAGGACAACGAUCCUGAAGGAGGUGUCGUCGAAAGCGGAGGUAGCGGAGAGAAGGCCGUCGAUCCAACUACCGUCGCUCCGAUUCUGAGCGGCAGCGAUGCUAAGUCUAAGAAUAUCCAGAAGGUGGACAUCGCGGUGGUUGAUCCGAAAAACAAAGCAAAGCCCAAUCCGUCAAGGCUGGACAUGAUGAAGACCAGACAGGCGAGACUGACGACCAGAGCUGAGGCCUUGGCAGCCUUGAGGAAAGAAAACGAGAGCAGACGAGCGAAGAAGAUGAUCGAAGCGUCUAUGAAGAUCAUCGAAAGCGAGAACGCCAGGUUCGCGGAGUACCAGAAGAGGCGACACGAGCAGUUGGAAAGACUGAAGAUGAAGCUACGAGCCAAACGCGAGAAGAUGCUCCAGCAGUACAGGGAGGAGCUUCUACAAGCUAUAAACGAAAGCGCUGAUCCAACGGAACGUAAUUUGCACAGACGUGACCUGCUGGACAAUUACGAGGAAGCGGAGGAUGAGUCCAGAAAAAACACCAUGAUCACUGAUCCGGAAAAACUAGCCUACAUCAUGAGGUACAGACCGAUCAAGUACACUCCGCGGGAAGAUUCUUCAAAGUCAGAAGAAGAAGACAGCUACGUACCCGUCGUUGAAGUAUUGAGAGCCUACGAGCCUAGAAGACGUCUGAAAGCCAGUCGAAAGGCUAGCCAAUCAAAAAUCUACAGAGAGAACGAGAGCGGAGAGUACGACCCGAGCAAAGGUAGAAAACGCAGCAUUCCACUGGACAAACAGACCAGAGAAGACGAUAUCUUUAACACCAGCAACGAACAAGAAUCCCAGUCGACUAACGUGAAGAGGUCACCUUACAGUUUGAUUCACAGGCAAACGACCAUCAAUCGACCACCUCCCAAGAGACCGCCGCCCAUGGAUGGAGACAGUGGCGAAUAUUACGCCGAAAUGCAAGCACGCGAGAGCUUCAUGCGUCAACUACCAGAUCCACGUCAACUCCCAUCGUACUAUCCGGGCCUUGUGUAUCCAGGAGAUGACCUCAUACCUUUGCACAUCAACUACGAUCCUUAUCAACAAAGUGAUACAGAUAUGUAUCACGUGAAUCCAGCUUACGAGCAUUUAGCCGAUCACUAUUAUGGAGUCAAUCUAGAGCAACAGUCGGUCGAUCGAAACUAUCAUUACGACGCCAAUCAUCCAACAGAACAACGCGUACAGCAAGAACGACCGGUAGCAAGUUACUAUUCCGCUAAUCACGAGGUUCCACAACCACAACCUGCGGAAGAGUGUCAUAAGGAAGCUCAAAAGGCGACGCAUCAGGAACAGCCUGAAGAGUAUUAUCACAACAACGACGAAGAAGCUGUACAACUGCAGCAAAACGAGCAAAAUUACGAGCUCAAUCCACCACAGAACGAUGAAGCUGAGCAGAAGCCUGUGGAUCAAAAUUACCGAAAAUCGAAGAGAUCCAGUCUGAAAGUUUUGGAGAUCGAUCCAUCGAUUUACGAGAACGACGAUCAGGACUAUAACGUAGAAGAACUUAUCGCAAAUCCAUCGGCUCGACACUUGAGAAGAUACAGAAGAGAAGCUGAUGUUAAAACAGAGGACAAUGGGCCAUUGUUCUUCUCUCUAGGAUUAGAAGAAUCUAAAAUGCACAAGAAGCAGGACAAUGAUGCGAUGUCUGAUGGUUUGAUUAGAAGAAAGCGAUUGGCUGACGACGCUACGCAAACAAAAGUAGAAGCGUUUCAAGCUAGGUCGCCUAUCAAUAAAAAUGUAAAAAAAGCAUACCGAGCAGAUUACGAUAACAAGUAUAGAAAGUCAGCCAAAUCUCCAAGAUACGCGAGACUAGUUGUACAGCACCCACAAAGACCUACAAUCUUAGAAUACGAAGAACCUAUUCAGUACUAUCGGCAUUUCCAAAGUGCUAUCCCCACGAGAAUCCACAAUCUAGAUGUCGACAACCAUCUCCACGACGAUCAGAUCACAGGAUCUAGAUCCAAACGACAGAAGCGAUCAUCCGACGAGAUGUACAAUCGAGCGUACAAAAUCAUCGAAGACAACGGCAUCAAUCGUCUGGAAGAUCCAGAAAUGGACGAGAUCUGGAGCAAUAUCAUCGAGAUGAAGCAAGACGAGCAGCUGCUCAAAGAAUUCGACCGCAAAAAGGGAUGGAUGAUGCACAACUUCAACGACAUCCUAGCUACAACACAGUCCUCAAACGUUGACGAAAAAUCCACGACUGCAAAACCCGUGGAAUCGACAACACAGGCGAACAUAGAAUCGAUGCUCGUAGACGCGAUUCCCAAGCUUCAGAACGUGAUAACCGGGGGCUUAAAGAAGGCGCAGAAUCUCACGGGUUCACUGGAAGAUUUUAUCGAAAACUUCGACGACGAGUUUAGCGGCAACACGACGGACACUUCGAGCUCGGAAAACGUGGAAUCUGUUGACGAGGGCGAUGGCAGGUUGAGCCACAAUAUUUUUCAGCACAUGGUUGGAGGCGUGAAAAAGUUCUUCGGCCUGAUUUCUAAUUUAGCCAACAUUUUCCAUAGGCAUUGAUACGCUGUCACGCGAACGAUUUUGUUGUUACGUGUUUUAUACGGUUUUAGAAAUGUUAAUCUUGCACGACGCUGAAAGGGAUUUUAUAAAAAUAAUGAUAAAUUUACAAAAAAAUAUUUUGUACGAAUGAAUUUUAUAAUAAAUGAUUUUUAUGAAUGAAGA